UGCGGGGUCGCCUUGGGAACCCGAGAGCGAAUCUACCCGCUGGCGGCGCGGAGGUCGCUGCAAGGCCUGAAUAUGGAGCUGCCGGACCCAGUCCGCCAAAGGCUGGGAAACUUCAGCCGGUCCAUGUUCAGUGACUCGAACCGGACAGGGCCAGAGUACGGCGAUGGUCCGGAUAAUGAAAUGGUCUCUAAUUUGGCACUGCAGAUGUCACUUUAUUUUAACACUUAUUUUUUUCCACUUUGGUGGGUGAGCAGCAUUACAAUGCUUCAGAUGAAGUAUUCAAUCUUGCCUGAUUACUACAAAUUCAUUGUGGUCACUGUUAUCAUCUUAAUAACCUUAAUUGAAGCUAUCCGUUUGUAUCUAGGCUACAUGGGUAACCUCCAGGAGAAGGUUCCUGAAUUGGCUGGAUUUUGGCUUCUGAGUCUUCUUUUGCAGUUGCCUUUAAUUCUUUUCUUGCUUUGUAAUGAAGGCCUAACAAGUCUGCCCUUGGAAAGAGCUGUACAUAUUAUCUUCACGAUAUUUCUUACUUUUCAAGUUGUUUCAGCAUUUCUUACCUUGAGAAAGAUGGUAAAUCAAUUGGCAACUCGUUUUCACCUCCAAGACUUUGACCAGCUCUCUGCAAACAGAAGAGACAUAAGAAGAAUGAGAUCCUGUAUAGAAGAGAUCUAAUCCAGUGCUGCUAAAGAAGUCUAAAAGAACACUCUGGAAGACAGCAAGAGCUAGAUCAGGGAGCUAUCAACUUGAAAAGGACAUAGCAAGUGUUCUGAAUUGUAGAUGCUCUAGCUCUGAAAUUCCAGGGUUGGGGCCCGGAUGGUUAUCUUUACCAUAAUGGAAGCAAUCCUCAAGCCUUUAUGUUGUGAAUAGGAUGCCAAUUAUCUCAUUUGUUAUUGUUAACCUUUCAGGUAUAUAGAAAUCUGGGUUGCUGGUCAUGUUUUACCAGCAUUACUAUAAUAUUUCUAGUUAGCACUUAUAACUAGCAAUAUGUGUGUGUGUGUGUGUGUGUGUGUGUAUAUUUUAAACUUAUUAGCUAACCAUACCUUGCUACAUAGCUGAUUGCGUUUCUUGAACAUGCCAAUCAACAUUCUUGUUUAUUAGGUUAUAUUUGUACAAACCAAGAUACCUUAUUUUCAUGCCUUCAAGGGUUAAAUUCUAAUCCUAGUCCUAGCCAUUAUACUGAGGUUAAGAUGAAAAUAGGUGGAUUAUCAUGGUAUUUAGGAAACGUUUUUUAAAAAAGGGAAGAAAAAUAAUGUUUAUUGACUAUUUCUGCUGAAAAAUACACAUUGAAGGUUUUUUUUUUAACAUAUUUAUUUGUAAGUGCUUAAAAUCUAGAUAUUUUAGGGUGAUAAAGUCCUAUUUUUUUUUAAAUUUUUUUAUUUAUAAAAUAGAAACACUGACAAGACCAUAGGAUAAGAGGGGUACAACUCCACACAAUUCCCACCACCAGAACUCCGUAUCCCAUCCCCCCUCCUGAUAGCUUUCCUACGCUUUAUCCCUCUGGGAGUAUGGACCCAGGGUCAUUAUGGGGUGCAGAAAGUGGGAGGUCUGACUUCUAUAAUUGCUUCCCUGCUAAACAUGGGUGUUGACAGGUCUGAUCCAUACUCCCAACCUGUCUCUCCCUUUUUCUCUAGUGGGGCAGGGCUCUGGGGAAGCGGGGUUCCAAGACAUAUUGGUGGGGUUAUCUGUCCAGGGAAGUCUGGUUGGCAUUAUGGUAGCAUCUGGAACAGGCAGCUGAAAAAAGAGUUAACAUAUAAAGCCAAACAAAUUGUUGACUAAUCAUGAACCUAAAGGCUGGAAUAUUUCAGGUGAAGAUUUGGGGUCUCUGUUUUGAGGAUAGCUAGUAGGCCUAUUUUAGUUAUAUUACAAAGGGCCCAUGACUAUACUAGUUUUUUCCUCAGCCUGACAUCUGAUAUGCAGGUGGAUCCAAGUUAUUAUCUGAGGAGAUGAUUUCAUAGCUGGAAAAAGGGUGAGAAAGCUGGGUCAGGGAAGAGAGUAGCUCCCAAAUAUGGGAAAAGUCUAUAAAUAUUGUUGAGUGUAAACCCCAUCGAUUUGAUCUGGGGCCCAUAUUCAGCAUAGGAGCCUAUGAAUGUUCCAUCUUUUGAAGGGAGGUUAGAUAACAUACACUAGCUACCACCUGAGGAAGAUGGGUUCUGAAAUUGGGGCAGCUUGGAAUGUUCCUACUCAUGACCACAGAAUGCAAGCUCAGACCUACAGGAAAUAUUUUUAUCAUAAAAUCAUAACUUUCAUAAAACCAUGUAUAGUAUUUAUGGUGGUUGUGUAUAUUAGAGAGUCUUCUAUGUAGCUGCACUGUAUUAACUUAUGAUCUUGUGACCUCAUCUAUUAAAGCAUUGUUCAGGAAAUAACUGCCGUAUAUAUGAGACUUGAUUCAAAAAGAAGGUUGGUGUUAGUACAUAGUGAUGAUUAAGAUGAUCUUUUUGGGUACACUAUACUUAUGUUAUAAAUGAGUGUAUUCCUGAUAGGGAAAUGUGCCUUUAUAAGUAAUGUACUGAGAGAUAGUUGUUGCUACAUUUAAAAUCAUUCCAAUUUUCCUUCUCUGUAAUUCAUGCUUAUCUUAGAAGUUUCAUAUUUUACCAUAUCACUGUAUUAAAAUUUUUCAUGUUUUCACUUCUCACUUUUAUCAAACUUAACCAAACUACUUGUCCUAAUUUUAUUAUUUCUGUAUUUCAUGAUUAUAUGUAAAGCUCAGUUAAAGAUUUUUCUCCCCAUGUACAGCUUAUUAAUCUUUCCCUAAUCUAUAUUUAUAUUAUAUAUUUUUAUAUAUAGUCACUAUGUAUACAUAUAUUUUUAAUGUUUUAUUUAUUUAUCAUUGGAAAGACAAAUUGAUAGAGAAAUUGAGAGAGGAGGGAGAGGUAGAGAGAGACAGAGAGAUACAUGCAGACCUGCUUCACCACUUGUGAAGUUUUCCCGCUAGGGGCAGGUGGGGAAUCACUGUAUAUUCCAAUAAUUUGAAUUAAAAAAAAUUAAUAUGUUUAAGAAUAGAAUUUAUAUUUUUCUAAAACUUAUUUGUUAACAUUUUCUUCUUUUUUAAAUAUUUUAUUUAUUUAUUUAUGAGAAAGAUAGGAGGAGAGAGAGAAAGAACAAGACAUUACUCUGGUACAUGUGCUGCCGGGAUUGAACUCAGAAACUAAUGCUUGAGAAUCCAAUGCUUUAUUCACUGCACCACCUCACGGACCACAAUGUUUACAUUUUUUGAGAAUAAAAGGAAGAAAUACCAUCUGCAAUUCCACCAACCUGGAAGAAGAUCUAUUAGCAAAUGCCAUGUUUCCUUACAGUUUUCAUUUUAUAAGUUGAUACUUAAAAAAUAGAGAAUUGUAAGGGGAACACAAGACUUUGGUGGCUGUAGUGACUUAAUACACCAUGAAUGGGUGUGAAACUAUACUCCUGAAAUCUUAAAAUUUUGUAAACCUGUCGGGCAGCCCCCCUGCUCUGCUCCAUCACUAAUGCUGUGGUCUAUUUACAUAAUUAUUGUUUUGCCUGAGACCUGCCCUGCCUGCAGGGUAUUGGUUAAUCCCACGGGUUAGAACCUUCGCAACAGCUGCUAUGGAUAGCUUUCUACCUUCGAGCUCUUUUUCUCCACCCCCUCUCCUAGCCAUUUCCUUUUCCCACUUGACACUUAUGGUUAAAGAUAUAUAUAAAGGUAUUGUCUCUGAUCAAUAAAGGCAUUGCAUUCCCACUCCGCCACGAGUUCCUGGUCUCUCUCCCACGACACUAGCCCAGCAUAAACCACUGUAAUGUUACCAAAUAAUAAUUUUAAAACUUUAAAAAUUUUUUUAUAUAUAUUUAUUUUUCCCUUUUGUUACCCUUGUUGUUUAACAUUGUUGUGGUUAUUGAUGCUGCUGUUGUUGGAUAGGACAGAGAGAAAUGGAGAGAGGAGGGGAAGACAGAGAGGGGGAGAGAAAGAUAGACACCUACAGACCUGCUUCAUCGCCUGUGAAGCUACUCCCCUGUAGGUAGGGAGCUGGGGGGCUCGAACCGGGAUCCUUACACCAGUCCUUGCGCUUUGCGCCAUGUGUGCUUAACCCACUGUGCCACCGCCAGAUUCCCAAUUUUAAAACGUUGUAUAGUGUUUUAAUAAACUGCUACUUUGUCUUCUCUGAAUCA